AUAUAGGCUACAUAUAUUGCACUUGAAAAGCAUCUGUUCAGUAAAGCUCCGUGAAAUUACUGACAAGUAACAAAAAACUGUGUCCGACACUUUUGGAGGUACCAUCAAACAAGAUCAAGUCAGAGUCAAGACUAUAAAACUUAUAAGGUCAUAAUUAUGAGUGUAUCUCGCCUGGCUUUACUUCUUGGACUGCUUCUAUGUAUUGAAGCUCAGCUGUCCAAUGGCCAGCACUGGUCUCAUGGUUGGUAUCCUGGAGGCAAGAGGGACCUGGACUCCUUUGGCACAUCAGAGAUUUCGGAGGAGAUCAAAUUAUGUGAGGGAGGGGAAUGCAGUUACUUGAGACCACAACGGAGUAUUCUCAAGGCCAUCCUUUUGGAUAUCUUAACCAGAGAGCUCCAGAAGAGAAAGUAACAGGCCUGUCUCUCCUUAUUCAUUUUGAUUUCAUUUAACGCAAUGUGAGCUGUUGACUUAAACAGAAAGAUUUGUGGCAUUCAGUGGUUAGUUAAUGGGUGUUCAAAACAUGAUUGAAAUAAAGAGUUUAUUUUGAUAUUA